AUGAGCUCCGACCGAGGCCCUCAAGAGCCACCAUAUCAAGCGCCUACUAGUGGCCGAAGACCGCGACGUCUAGGACACCCUGCUGAGUACUCUUCUUGGUUGGUCUUUUGGCAACACGGACGCCCGACGCGCUCCGAACGAGGCCUUCAAGAGCCACCACCUCAAGCGCCUACAAGAAGCGAAGAUGUCGAUGUCGAGCCUGGUGUCUCAAGGGUCUUUCUCGGCAACACGGACGCCCAAGUCGCUCCGAUCGAGGCCAUCAAGAGUCGCUUCUUCAAAGUUUCUCCUGGCGACACGGACAAGCGACUUGCUCCGAACGAGGCCAUCAAGAGCCACGCAACAAGAGCCCCGCAAAUGGGUGAAGACGGGAAAAUCAGGCGCCCGGCACCGCCUUUGGCGGUGGCUCAUUCUAACCGCAUCCCUGUUCAGUUACAGCUUGCUGGGUUCUGGAAGAUCGGUUUGGCGAGGGUCCGCGUCAUGUCGACUGCUCGUUACCUGUAG